AUGGAUUGCGACCAGCAGGAGAAAGGUUCAUCGGCAUGGACAGAAGAGGCCAAGUUCCAGUUCUUGCUUCGAAUCGUUGCGCAACUCAAGGGAGACGGCCGUGGAAUCAAGUGGGAGAAGAUUAAUAUUCCCGGCCGAACUGUCAAAAGUCUGCAGAACAUGUGGACUAAAAUAAACAAGCAAAUUAAUGACUUUGAGGCCCGGGAGAACAGUGGCGAGGAUUUUGUUGUUGUCCCUGCCAAGCCGCGGAAGAGGGGCCCUCCUCGCAAGAAGGACUCGGCCAAGACGGCAGGCCCAGGCCACGACGAUCUCAACGACGACAGUUCUGAUGUCAAGCAGAAACUGUUGAAGCGUGCUGCCGAAGAGUAUGAGCGCGAGCAGCUUGGAGGAGACAAGAAGCGGGCCAAGGUCAAGGCCGAGGCGACGACUGGCCGUGUCCGCGUGAAGAGAGAAGAGAAGUGCGGCGUUUGA